AUGACCUGGUGCUUUACAAUUUCAAAGUUUAUUCUUUUCUGUUUAAAUUUCUUAUUCGUGCUUAUUGGGUUAGCGUUGGUUGCAGUUGGUGCAUGGGCUGCAGCAGAUGACAAAGGCUUUCUUGAUACAAUACAAUUCUUUUCGUCGAGUGAAUCAAUUGAAGUUCAACUGUACCAAGGAACAUCAGUACUUCGAUAUUUCAGUUAUGGUGUAAUUGUGAUUGGUACACUUAUGGUGAUUGUCACUUUUAUUGGUUGUUGGGGUGUAGUAAGCGAAAACCGACAAUUACUCAUCGUUUUCACAAGUCUGGUUAUUGCAAUGGUCUUAAUCGAAGGUGGUGGUGCAGCAGCAAUGGGAGGUACAAUCGAUAGAUGGACAAGCGAUUACGAGAACACAAUUACAGAAAAGUUUACAAACAAUUAUGUUGGUACACUUGGUGCUUUCAGUAUUUCUGAGUUCGAACCCUAUUCACUAGGACUUGAUAAGUUAAUGAUUGAGCUUGAAUGCUGUGGAUUGCAAGGUGGUAAAGACUUUGAGAAUUCCAAUUCACGGUGGUAUAAAGAAGGUCGGAAAUAUCCUGGAACCACUGGUGGCGACGAAGUCAAAAUUCCACCAGCAUGCUGUAUGUAUACUUCAAAGGAAUUCAUGAAGAAGAAUGACUAUUCAUCGUUUGACCAAUAUCUUAAAGAUCAACAGUGUGUAAAGACACGUAGCCAGUCAAACAGUAAUCGUGGUUGUAUAGCUGCAGCAAAAGAACGAAUACAUGAGAAAGGUUUACCAUACAUUGCGAUUCCUAUUGCAAUCGUUGUUUUACAGCUUGUCUGUAUUGGACUAUCCAUCUUUUUAAUCAGCAGAAUCAAGAAAUGGGAUGAAGAACUUUACUACUAA